CAAAUAUUGCAUGCACUAGGGGGAGAGAGAGAGUUAUCUGCACAUACUGUUCGCGGUGGCGCGAGACACAUCAGAAAAGGUGCAUGCAUAAGAAAAAGACAUUGCAUUUGCACCGUUGCACGCAUGCAUUUGAAUUUCUGGAUUUAGGGUUAUUCUCGCCAGGGACCUUUAGGAUCGUUACGCAUAUGGCUCAGAUAGAUUGGCAUCAGUGUUCAAUCGUAAUACUCCCUUCCUCCUCGACAGGCAUAUGUAUUUCGUAUCACCGUUUCUUCCAAUAAGCACCAAUGCAUCCAUGCACCCGCCUCCCUGCGCUCUCAAAUAGAUGGUGCAAGUAAAGAUGUCCAAAUCUUCCGCAGACCCUCUGUCUCGUGUAGAAAACGCGCCCCAGUCGCACUAUUUUCAGUUACCGCGAAAGUUACCGAAGCGCAAGGGCCGUUUUAAACGCUCAGAUGGCAGCACUUCUUCUGACACCACCUCCAGCUUCAUCAAACGACAGGGUUCAGCCGAUUCGUACACGAGCAGACCUUCGGAUUCCGACCUGUCAGCGGAGGAGGACCGCGAGGCGUAUCGGCGUGAAGCCGAACGCCAGGCUCAGCUGCAGCUCGAAAGAGCCAAGUCCAAACCUGUAGCGUUCGCAGUAAAGACGAAUGUGAAUUAUUGCGGGGCUCUCGAUGAAGACUGUCCCGUUCAGGGUGCUGCCAUAAACUUUGAAGCCAAAGACUUUCUGCACAUUAAAGAGAAGUACAAUAAUGACUGGUGGAUUGGAAGACUGGUGAAAGAGGGGGCAGAUAUCAGCUUCAUUCCCAGCCCUCUCCGACUGGAGGCCAUGAGACUCAAACAGGAGCAAAAACAGAGGAAAAGUGGUAACUCCUCCUCAAGUCUGGGUGACAUGGUAUCUGGAGGUUGGAGAUCCACACCGCCAUCUGCAGGUGAGACCAAACAGAAGCUAAAGCAGACUGAUCACAUUCCUCCUUAUGAUGUGGUCCCAUCCAUGAGGCCUCUGGUUCUGGUGGGGCCUUCACUGAAGGGCUAUGAGGUGACAGACAUGAUGCAGAAAGCUCUGUUUGAUUUUCUCAAACAUCGCUUUGAUGGACGGAUCUCUAUAACGCGGGUGACCGCUGACCUUUCUCUGGCCAAGAGAUCAGUCCUCAACAAGAGACCCAUCAUGGAAAGAUCCAACACAAGAACCAGUUUAGCGGAGGUACAGAGUGAGAUUGAAAGAAUAUUUGAGUUGGCUAAAACCCUUCAGCUAGUAGUUCUGGAUGCAGACACCAUCAACCACCCAGCACAGCUGGCUAAAACCUCACUAGCUCCCAUCAUUGUCUACGUCAAAGUCUCUUCACCAAAGGUCUUACAGCGGUUGAUCAAGUCGAGGGGUAAAUCGCAGAGCAAACAUCUGAAUGUUCAAAUGAUGGCGGCAGAUAAACUGUCUCAGUGUCCACCUGAGAUGUUUGAUGUCAUUUUGGAUGAGAACCAACUGGAGGACGCCUGUGAACACCUCGCAGAAUAUCUAGAAGUCUACUGGCGUGCCACUCAUCUGCCAGGCACCGCCCCCCUUAAUCCACUACUGGAGCAAAAUCUGAUGACCCCGCCCUCAGCGAUCUCUAGCCUACAGAACCAGCAGUUGACGCUGGCCGGGGGUGGAGGGGGGGUUGAGGAGGAAGAGCAGGGGGAGCAAGACAGCCUCAUGCCUUCCGACGAGGCCAGUGACUCUCGAUCCCUCCACCGUGGCGGCUCUAGCUCCCUGCACCCCCCGGAGGACGAGGAAGAGGAGGAGGAAGAGGAAGAAGACGAAUACAAACCCAACCGCCACUCCCACGCGUACCGGGACAUGUACCCGCCCAACCGUAACCACCCCGGGGGUAUCCAGAGCGCUAACGGACACGAGUCACAGGGCCGACUCCUGCGGCAGCGAGACUCGCAAGACGGACACAACCAACGGAACAACCGGCAGCGCGCGUGGCCGAGAGACAACUACUGACCGCCCCGUCGGCAGAUGUUAGGGAAGAGAGGGUCAGGGUUAUGAAUCGGACUGAUGUGGAUGGGAAAAGAUCUUGCUGUUUUUUGAGCUUUUGUGGUCAUUGAGGUCAUAUUGCACUAUGAUGGCUUUUAAAAACAGCACAGCUUUUCUCUUUGAAGGGCAAACGCAUGUUCUUAUCAAAAUUGAAUUCGAGCUUCCUUUGGAUGAAAACCCCAAUUAAGACAAAUAUUACUUUUUUAUUUUGCAUAUCAUGGAGUUCAGUUUUCCCUCUCCCUAAACCUAAUGAGCACAGAUGGCAUUAUGGGAAAAGAAAAAGCACUUUUAUAGCAUGGGUUGUUAGUCAUAAUGAAAGAUAUCGUAGCAUUUUGUUGCAUCUUAUUUUGAAAGCUUCUUGUUAAUGCUUUGUAAAGGUGAAGGUCACCAUAUUUUGGUUUCUUUUCUCAUGGCCUCUGGACAGCUUCAGUCAUUCAGGCGCCUGGUAUGAUCAGUCACUUUUUUGUCACAGAUGUAGCACACAUUUUGCAAAAGCACCAUGUAAAUGUGUUCAGGAAUUCAGGGCAAACAGGGUUACGCUCUGCUUUUGUGGAGUGCAACUUUUAAAUUGCGACUGUAGUCUUGGAUCGCACAGAAGGCCAGAAUAAAGAGAGGCAGUCAAUUUCCAUACUGCUGCAUAUGAAUCGAAACAGGUCAGGCCACUUUUGUCCUAAGAAAUGAUACACAUUGAAAACUGGAGAUGCCGCAAGUAAAUUAUUGUCUGUAUUUUUGCUUUUUUAUAGAACCUCUUGUAGCUCACCAGUUUUUGUUAACUGUAGAUUUGGAAAACGUUAUUUUAUAACUAUCUUCAUAGGUAGUUUUCUAUGACUGGCCGAAUCCGAAUGUUCAUUGUACACACUUGCAAGUCAUCUGUUGGUAGAGAAAGCAUGAGGAUGAGGAAACAGGCUACUCGUGAAAAAAUAUAUAGGAGAAUCAAUAAUGCUAUAUGUAGGAACCCUCUUAAACAAGAAAUGUAUUCAAGUGUACUAUUAGGGGGUGUUCACACAGAAUGCGUUUUUGCGUCUAAAAACGCAAGACGUAGUGCUUGGGAAUGGUUUUAAAAAGCGCAAAACACGAGGGUCUCGAGACACACUUUUAAUAACAGAAAUUGCCAUGCCAACUUAAUUCGCGUAAGAUGCGAGACGGGGCAUAACAACAUAAUAAAAUAUGUCGAUUUUGCGCAUUUUAACAUAUAAAACAAUGGAAAAGCAGUGGAGAGGAAUGGAAAAACAUGUUUUGUGUGAACCGUCCAUUAGUAUACUUCUUUUAUGAUAAAAAUAAAAAAGUAUACUUUUAGUCUACAUUUUAUGUGCUGCUCAGAAAUAUACUUAAAAUUGUAGAAAAUCGAAGUCUCUUGAGGAGCCUAUAAGUACAUUUUUCACUUUUUAGUUUAUAGAGAGUUUACUUCAAAGUGUACUUUUAUAAACUAAAAAUGUGUUAAAAGUAUUAAAGUAUACUAUCAGUAUAGCUAUUCACUUGUAGUAUAGUUGCAGUACAAAUUAAAAUGUACUUAAAAGUAAACUUAAAGUGUACUUUAAGUUUCAUAAACUAAACUGGGCCAAUUUAGUCCCACUUAUUGAAAUAGUACACACAAUUAUACUACUAAUACAUUGAUAUACACAUACUUCUUAAAGUAUACUUGAAUUUAACUUAAAUUGAGCCACCUGAUAAAUAUAGUUUUUUGCCUGAUGGCUAAAGAUAUAUUAGGCGCUAUGUAAAUAAUCUUUUGGCUUUGGUGAUUUACCAUGCUGUUGACAUGUAAGUUUGGCAAACAGUUUUUGUCUAAGUAGACAAGAAAUGUAGUUGCCUGACUAGUAAACAGCAUCAGACUUCCCUGAGGAGAAUGUGUAUCUCAAACGAGUGAUCUUCCUCCAUCUUUCUUUUCCUGCAGCUCUUUCCUCUUUGGGGCUCUGGGCGUUCGAAGGGGCGGUUACCGUGAGCUACUUUAAAUGAACAGUGUCACACCUUACUGACCUAGAAAACAAAAAUAAGUGAUUUAACGUUCAGUCAACGUUAAAUUGGUUAUUCUAAUUAAAUAUUACGACCAAAUCCAAGAUCCUUUUCUCUUUACCACGACUUCUAGAUUGGAAAGUUACCUGUAGCAGUUUAGGCUAAGGUUUUUCCAAUGAGACUGGCCUUAAUGUUUACCUGUAUAUCUGUACCACUGCAUGUCUCAAAUACAAUUAUUUAGGACUAUUUGCACAUUAGGGUUGAAACAGGACCUUUAGGGGCGAUUCACAUUUCACGUCUUUCGUACGCGCAAGUUCGUUAUUUUAAAAGUAGACACGCGGCAUGCGCGCGCAAAUAGGGAGUGAUGUGGUCGUGACGAGCAUACGGUGCGGCGCACACAUUUUUCUAGGCACCGCAUCGAGAUGGAAAUAGUUCAACUUUUCAGAGUGUAACGCAAAAUGUGAAUCGCCCUAUAGAAGACUUAAAAUAUAUUACUCAUUUUUGUUGAUAUUUAAAACUGCAACAGGUUAAUAGUAACACAUGUAAGGAUAGCUAAUGGACAUUAUAUAUAUAUAUAUAUAUACAUAUAUAUAUAUGUUGAAUGAAAAAUGAAACAGAUCCUGAAUAUAAUUCUUUAAAGAUUACUUUAUCAUACAGAUCUGUAUCCUGUUUUAAGAAAUAUUGUGAUGUUUACAAAGUCAGGAUUGCUUUCACUCAGAGAUCGUUGACGUGAGACGCGUAUGUAACAUUGGUCUGUUGUACGGUUAUGUGAAGCCACGUAAAGUUGCAGUACACUUUCAUGUAGCACUGUAUUGAUUCCAGUCAUUUGGGAGAUCAAAUUUAGAAUUAAAACAAUUUGUGAUUCGUUCGUUGUGAUGGCCUGUAUAUUUGAGGACGUACCCCAAAUGUCGCCAUCCAAGAAAUUAUUUUUCUUAGUUAACUAAUAUAAUCUUUCCAGUAUAAUGCAAUGUUUAUACGUAAAACUUAUCACGUAGAUUACAGAGUUCAUAACAAACAUGCACAGAGACUUGAGUGAAUGUAUAGUUGCAUGCCUUAACUCCUCCACACUGACGUAAUGUCCGUCAGAGGGACUGUGUUAAAUUGACCGUCCCUCUAUUGAUUGUGUUGGAUCUAUACACUCCCAGAAUGCACUUUGAGAAACACCACCCUAAAUGUAGAUUGUAAAAAGCUUGUCUUACAGACCAAGAAUGAACCUUCAGUGUGGCUAGUAUGUUCUAUCACACACUGAAAUCCAAACAUGGGAUACAAUACCUAGUGGCCACUACACACAGUGAAUGUAAAUGUCCAAACAUACUCUGUGCAAACAUGUGAACGCAAAUGCUUCGUUGUGUAUGCUUGAUUUUUCCAUUUUAACAAAAAGUAUGCAUCUUAUUCUCGGCAGAAAGGAGCUUUAGUGCAAACUUUUUUUUUAGGUUAACUAUUGUGCCAACAGUUCAUCCAGUUUCUUACAAAUACAGUACAAAUAAAAAUAAAUUACGAUUUUAAAAAGAUAACGUAAGAUUUUCUUUAAAGAUCACUCCACUAUAACAGUAGUAGGCAUUUAAAAGCACUAAUGUAUGUGUGUUUAUGCUAAUGCACACAACGGUGCCCCUUGUGGCAAAUGGUGGGACUGCAUAUUUUACUUGCACUAUAAAUUGUUUUGCGUUUUUUGUGUUUGCGUUCACAUACUUGCGUAACUUGUAACAAAUAACUUACAAUUUUAACAAGAUAACAAUAUUUUCUUUAAACACAAUAUUAUAAACGGUAUGUAUGUUUAUGCUAAUGCACACUAUGGUGCCCCUUAUGGCAAAUGGUGGGACUGCUUAAUUUAGUUGCACUAUAAAUUGUUUUGCGUUUUUGUGUUUGCGUUCACGUUUUUGCAUAGAGUAUAUUUUGGCCUAAAUGAGCCUUUCUAUGUCAGCAAAGAAAUGACACAAUUACCUGUUAACAACCCAUCUCAGGUCAUUAAACAAGUCACUUUAUACCAUGGUCUUUUUGAAUACACGAUUCUGAUUGGCUGGAAGAUGUGCAUUAAAACCCUUUAACGCACAGGUAGCUCCAGUAAGUUUGUUUACAUUUGAAAUUUAACUGACAAAAUCAUUGUAAUUUUCACCUGUCUGAUGUAAAAUUUCACUGUAAACAUCAAUAAAAGAUUUAACUUGGCAAAUGAUCAUGGUAUAAGCAGGAUAAUCCACAGAUAGCCGUGCGUUAAAGGAUUUUAAUGCACCUCCACUUCGCAUAGGGUGGUUCUUGGUCUCCGCGUCGGGUGGUUCUUGGCCUCCACGUUGUGCAUUAAAACAUUUUAACGCACGGCUAGCUGUGGAUUAUCCCUAACAUAUGUCCCCAGGCCUUGCCUUUCUCACGUUAGUUUAAAUUUAUGUAGAUUGUGUAUCUCAGUACUAGAUAUCGUAUUUAUUCGACCAAGCGUUAUCGUGCCAUUUGGAGGGUAAUGAGACAUUGACAUGUUCUGGGGUAUGGAAGUCAGGGUAAUAAAUCCACUAUAACAAAUGCCUUGACUGAACCUCUCUUUUAGUGUACUGCAUCUUUAUUUGCUAUCAACAUGUCUUUCUUUAAUCUAUUGUUCUAUAUUUAAAAAAGACAGAAAAUCAGAGCAUGACUGAAAAACAUUCUAUGCAAGUGUUGCAUGAGAUCUGAUUGUUUAUUUUGAUUGUUUCUGAUCUACUUUAGUAUUGCAUUGAUUCUUGUUGUUUGUAAGUAUUAUUCUAGUUAGCAAGACAAUUCACCCUGUUUAUACUGAGCACAGAAAAGGGGCUCCUGCCGGAAGUUUUUAGUUUUUAAAGCUCCUCUUCAAAUUCAUGGGCUUCAAUACCUCCGCUGUUAUUGUUUUCUUUUAGUUAACUGUUGAGCAUAUCAUAUAAUUAUAUUUAUGGUUUAAAAUGAUGUUGUGGGUUCAAGUUAAGCUCGAUCAACAGCAUCCGUAAUUUCUGUAUUUGUGUAAAAAGCAAAAAAAUUGUUCACACUAAUACACUUAUAAUGGAAGUCUAUGGGGCAAGAAAUUGCAUAGGGAUUAACGUUAUAAUAUGCACUGUUUUGUGAGUACAGUGUGUUAACAUGAGACUAGUGUGAUAAAAUCUGAAAUAUUUUUGUAUGGAAAAGUAUAUAAACGAUUCUAACCCUCGAUAACGUCUUAGCCCUUAGACUUACAUCGUACGUGCAUUACUGUAAUAAACAUUACAAUUACCACAGCUGUUAUUCAUAGAGCGUAACUUGCAUUGAAUGUUUUUGGACACGUAAGGAUAUAUGUUCAGACUUAAAAAAAAAUAAUGAUCCUUACCAUUAAGCUGCUUUAAUGCAAGCUUGGAAACUCUUCGUUGAUAUUAAGAAAGAAAAGAUAAUGUUUAUAUACACCACAAUAUGUAAAAAGCAUUUAUGAGCUAACUUUUACAUUUCUUAAUGUCAGAGUACAUGCUACAUUUUUCUUGUUACGGCAUGGCAUUGUUUUCCAGCGGACCAUUACAGCUACCGUAACAAACCUUUUUCCUUUUUGAGAUAUAAGCGGCACAAAUUUUACGAAGAGUAUAAUUUGAGUCCUUUGUCUUCUAUUCUGUAUGCAAUACAAACAUGGAAAGAAAACGCCUUAGAACAUUAACACUUCCUCUUCUGUGUGAGUAGAGAAAAAGAUAUUGCACUAUUUUUUUUCUUUUUUUGAUGUCUGCUUUGUAAUGAAAUAAAUGCACUAGGUAGAACAAUAAUCCCAAUGGACAUUGAGUGUUCCUCAGGCUUGAUGUAGGUACACUCUCUCACCCCUUCAUCUUUAUGACAUGACAACAUGAAAGAUAAAAUCCUGCCUGAUGCUGUAUAUGCUUUAUAUUUAAAUAAAAUGCCAUUAGUUAAAAAAAUAAAAAACAUUUUAUGUACUUUUAA